AUGGAGAUAAUGGAAUCAGGUGCUGUAGAUACACAACAACAGGAAGAAGAGAAACACGAGCAACAAACGGAGGAAGAAGCUGAACAUUUUCAUGUCUUGGCAGUGGACGAUAGUCUUAUUGAUAGGAAGCUUUUAGAAAGGCUGCUUAAAGUAUCUUCUUACCAAGGUUACGUAUUCAUGGAAUUAAUAAACCUUCUCUCGAACGCUUUUGGGAGAGAAAGAGAGAGAGCACUGAUGACUUUUGUGGACUCCGGGGAUAAAGCUCUGGAAUAUUUAGGUCUCCUUAAUAGCAUAGACAAUGUCAAUGCAACCUCUUCUUCUUCCUCUCCCCCACAGUCACCACAACAAGAGGGAAUGAAAGUAAAUUUGAUCAUGACAGACUAUUGCAUGCCUGGAAUGAGCGGUUAUGAUUUACUCAAACGAGUCAAGGGAUCUUAUUGGAAAGAUGUUCCAGUGGUGAUAAUGUCAUCAGAGAAUGUACCUUCUAGAAUUAGAAUGUGCUUGGAAGAAGGAGCGGAGGAGUUCUUAUUGAAGCCGCUUCAAUUAUCAGAUGUGGAAAAACUUCAGCCUCACCUUCUAAAAUCGCUUGACCACUCUUGCAAAAGAAUCGACAACAAUUUUAAUACUGACAGCAAGAACAUCACUGUUAGCAACAAGAGCAACAGCAACAAUGUUAGCAAGAGGAAGGCAUUGUCUCCAGAGCUUGCGGACAGAAGACCUAAAAUGAAAGGAUUAGCUGUUGUAUAG